CUUUAAUUUUUUUUUUUUUCUAAAAAAAAAUAAGAGCAAAUAAACAAACUAAUUAGCUACAUGCAUUACAAACAAAAAAAAAUCGUGUUUAUAUUCUGGAAUUGACAGUGAUAACAUUCAGCUCUACAUUAAACACACAUAUAUACAUACAUACAUACAUACAUACAUACGCAUAUAUACAUACGCAUAUACACAUACAGACAGAUAUUUUAGCAUUAUAAUUAUGAAUAAUAAUAAUAAUAAUAAUCAGAUUAGUAACAGUAAUACACAUCCAUGGAUGAUGUCUUCUGGCCGCCUGGAUCUGUGUUGCCCAUUCCUCUUACUCAACAACAACAACAAACCAAUUCAUCGCUACAACCCCAAUUACCACCAAGACAGUUUGAACAACCCUUUUCGCCACCUGCGCAGGCGCAUGACUAUGAUUAUUCAAAGGUUACUACAAAAGGCAAUCGGGCAGUUAUUCCCUCGAAAAGAGCAGCACAAAAUCGUGCGGCACAGAAAGCUUUUCGACAAAGAAGAGAACAAUAUAUUAAAGAUUUGGAAGCUAAAGCGAAAUUAAUAGAUACAUGGCAGGAGGAAUUACUAGCGCUGAGGAAUGAAAACAAAGAAUUACGGGAAAGAGUGAGUUUAUUAGAAAGUCGAAUUGUUAUAUUGGCAAAAGGUGAAAUAGACAAAAUACCAGAGAUGAGCAAUAACAACAGCAACAAUAAUAGUAAUAGUCAUAAUAGUAAUACACCAAAAAAGGUGCCUAUACCAGUUUCACCAGCAACUAUAAUGAGGAAAAACUCUAUUGAACAAUCCAUAUCCGUGAAUCAUAAUGAAAAUAAUUCAAUGUCUUCUAAUAAGAGAUCGCAUAGUCAUGAUUCACCGCGGAUAAUACCACAUGAAUUGUCUGAUUCAGAAGAUAAAAAUAAUCUUGGCCCAAAACAGUCUAUGCCCUUAAGAAGAUCCGAACAAACAGAACUUGAGAGCUCUUCAUCGUAUCCUAUAAAUGAUCAUGAUUCCAUAGGAAAUGAUAGUUUACGGCAACAUGAAGAUAAUAAAAAACGUAAAAUAGUAGAUAAUACAUUAAAUCUAGGAGAAACAACAACAACAACGACACCUAUGGAUCAAGUAUCGACGUCAAACAAUAAAACGUCUAUAAAUACAACUGUUAUUCAAAACUCAAACAAUAAUGCAAUAUUAUUGCCUAUUCAGGAACCACUCCAAUAUCCUCCGAACCCAUACUGGACAAAUAACUCUAAUGAUCCAAAUAAUAAUAAUAGCAUAACAGACAUCAAUCAAGUGCCAGCUAUGGGUGGUCCUAGUGACUUUGAUUUAGAUUUUGAUUUUGAUCCAUUCUUUGAAGAAGACUUUGGUCCUACAAUUGCUAAUAAUAAUGAAUUUUUACCGAAUGCAAAUAGUGGACAAGUAUUAGAUGAUCUAUUUGCAAUGUUACAGACUAGACAAAGACCUCAAAUUCCAAUGAUUCCAAUAGAAGAAAAUUCAGGAUUAUUAACCAAUAAUACAGGAAAUUAAACUCUAUUUUUUUUUUAUUUUUUUAUUUUUUAUUUUUCGGGAAAAAAUAGUUAUAAUUGUAACUUGUAUAAUUCAUGUGUCAUUUUCUUUACUAAAAUAAAAAAUAAAAUGAAAUGAAAUAAAAUA